UAAACCGUCACUGCUGCAGCCAUGGCAGAAGCUGAGGAAGAAUUUGGGGAGAAUUCUAGACUAGAAGAUGAGCUCAGCUGUCCCAUCUGCUUCAACUUGUACAGAAAUCCAGUGUCCCUGAGCUGCGGUCACAACUUCUGCAAGGAGUGCAUCCAGAGGACCCUCAGCGCCCAGCAGCUCUCCAAGGCCCCUUACUCCUGUCCAAUGUGUAAGAUACGGCUAGGGCCCAUCCUGGAACUACAGAGGAAUUUUCAGCUUUGCAGCAUUGUGGAAACCUUUCUGGCCACCACUUCCAAAAGAAAGGAGACCAAGACUUCUCCAGUAGAGAAGAAGGAGGUGGUUCCCUGUGAUUUUUGCCUGGAUCUACCCCUGCCAGCUGUGAAAACCUGCCUCACCUGCAACUCGUCUUUGUGCCAGGCCCACCUGAACAAGCAUGAGGCCAAGGCUUCGCAGAAGGACCACAUCCUGGUAGAGCCUGGUGCAGGCCACUCUGCUGAGGCGAGGACGUGCCGGGAGCAUGGCAGGCUGCUCGAGUGCUUCUGCGAGAACGACGGUGCCUACAUCUGCAUGUUGUGCCCCAUUGAGGGCUCCCAUAGGGGCCACCACGUCAUCACCCUCAGGGAGGCCCACGACAAAUCGCUGGGUGUUCUUUYUCACACUGUGAAACAGAUGCAGGAAAAUAAAAGUGCCAUAGCUAAAGCCUUGGAGAAACUACAGGAAAGUGAGGAUCAGCUCAAGGUGAAUACGAAAACAGUGACUUCUCAGUUGGUGAAGCUGUUUGAAGAAAUCAGGGCACAGAUAAAUAAGAAAGAAGAGCAUAUGCUGAGUAGCAUCCAAUCCAAUGAGAAAAAACAACUGUCAGACAUUACUGAAGUGAAGAAGAAAAUGGAACAGAAGAGAGAAGAGGCUGCACAGCAUCUUCAGUCUUUACAGAAGAUGAGAGAGCAACCAGAUGCUUUACUCUUCCUCAAAGAAUUUAAGCUGAUACAGGAUAGGAUUAGGGAUAAGAAUUUCAAGCCUGAGCAGAUGGAAGUAUCAAUAGUGGAAAUGGAUGCGAACAAAAUCCACAGAUGCAGAAACCUGAUCGGGAUGUUCAUGAACCAGCUGGACUCGCUGAUGCAGGAGCUGUACAGUGAACUCAAGAACCAGUUACGGCAGAGCAGUGCGAUUUCAGCUGAUGGUACAUCUUUUAAAAAUCCAUCGGAAACAAUAAAACCUCCAGUUUUUCAUUGGGGCUAUGCUUUUUCUAGAAAUAUGUGGGAAUGAUAUGAGGCAAGAAAUGCAGUAUAAAACCAACUGAAAUGAGGAGUGUGCUGGAAGGAGCAGAUGUGAACAGAGAAUGGCCUGCAUAUUCCUAGAACUAAAGAAGAGAUAAAAAAAAAAAAAAACCCGAGUACUGAGAUGGAAAGGCAGAAUUAAGCACUCAAAAAUGUCCUCUAAUUCUGCAUAUUUUCCAAGUGUCUCAACCUCCCCUGCAUACAUACUAUCCAAAGCAAUUCCUGUAGCAGAUGCAAAUUUAGAAAACAAGCGCUAAAAAUUAACACAAGCACAGGAAAAUCUCCAAGUACUGUUAGCACUCAAUGAGUAGACUGUUGUAACAUAGUACU